UCUGUCGUCACUAGGUCUUUAUUAUAGCUGAUAGAAUCUACAGUGAAUCUUUAAGUUGUCGUGAAUAGAAGAUUUACACAACAGUCACCAGCUUCAUGAUGUCAACUACUAAUAGAACACGCUAUGAUUAUUCAUGUUGUGUCUCUAUCUCUUCUCUUCCAUCCCCUGAGCUCUCUGCCAUCUUUUCUUGCGUUCAAACCCAACGUUAUGGCGUCCGAAGCUCGCGACAGUCCCGACAGUCCCGACAACCCGGUCAACCCCGACAGUCUCGAGGACGAGGCGAACUUCGCCGACGACUCAGGCUCCGAGUGGGAGACGGUCCCCGAGUCCGACCCCGACACCGACUUCACGCUGGGCAUCCCUGCAGAGCAUAAGAUGUCCGACUACGGCUCCGACGACGAGAUCCGGUGGGAAGACCAGUUCGGGGAUCCCUGGGAGGUCACCAACCCGGAGCACCCACACAACCGGCGCUGCAGAUGGGUCACCGAGGAGGAGUACGAGCUGAGUCCGAGUUCCUCUGAGCAGGGAGGCAAGGCUUCCGAUUCAGACUCCUCUGCAGACCCUCUCUGGGGGUACACCAGAGCGAAAGAGCGGCCGGAGUGGUUGGAAAAGAGGGUUCGAGAGUCGUGGGCGAAAGACGUGAUUGCAUUGACUGAAUCGGAGGCUCGCACUCAAUACCAACGACUCCGCAAACGCCUCCUCCGAGGAAAAGUCCUCCCUCUCGAACACGAAGACCGACUUCGCAAGCUCGAGGACGUGUGGGGGAUCAAAUACCUGCUGGGGUCGAUCUAUCUGACCGGCACGGAGAACUUCACUCAGACGCCUCUGUACUAUUACUAUCAGAACCUGCCCGAGGUUAAAUACCAUCCCCACGGCGCCGGUCUUGUUCUCAAGGUGCAUGACUUCAAGGAUAAAAAGGGCAGAGACCGAGUGAGGCUGGAGGUCUUGCGUGAAGCCAGCCCUGGAGAUACCCGCAUCACGUAUCAGUACGCGGAUGCCGCUCGUCCUGGCGACUACGACGGAUAAUGCUGGAUCUUUCCAGGGAUUUUCGGGUGGAGAUUAUGUCUAAACUAGUCGCUUACUGGAAUUAAGAUCUCUCAUGUAGACAUGAUUUCCUAAUGUAUCUCUACUUGGCUG